GCGACUCCAUAGUAACUAUAGCUCCUACAUGUAGUUGACAGCCACCUGUGCGGUUUCGUAGACCACAACAGCCCGUUGUUGUAUAACGAGCUGGCUGGUGUUGGACUUUAACUUUUCGUAACCACUACCUACAUUCAGAUCGUGUAACGGCAGUGCCAUGGCACACAACAACAACAACGGCGGUCAGAACAGCCCAUUCAACCCCGCGUCUUGCUCAAAUAGUACGAUGGGUCUGCCAUAUUUAGCGCUUAGCCGUAGCGGUCCUAUACCGGAGCAGUGGACUUUGGUGCAUGAGUGGAACAUAGAAAAACGACAACAGCGAGACAUUGACCCAUAUGUGAACUGGCAAUUUGAUGUCCAGAGUCAGAUAUCCAAUAUGGGUGACAAGCUGAAUAAAUCCUUGCAUGAACAUCCAACAGGAGAUGCUUAUUAUGCCAAUGAUAAAUACGGAAAGAGUUUUGAAGAAAAGCGCAGACAGAUGACAAAAGAUCAGACACGCACUGUGACAAACACAUUAGCAUAUGGAUUAGGACGUUCAUAGACGAAUGAUAUUUACAAGUUGUUUAGGUGAUGGUGGGGGGGGGGUGUAGGGGGCUCUCCAAAUUCUGCUAUACAGAUACUACUGGUACUGCAUUGUUUGUCAUAUAAACACACACUCGAGCAAUUCAAACUUAUUUAAUGUUCAAUUUCCAUUAUUUACUAAUUUGAGCUGAAUUUCUGGGGAUUUGCUUUGAUUGAUACAAGAACAACUACUACUGUACAAGACAACAUAUGUAUAUGAUAUAAUUUUAGAUGCUUUCAUGUUGCAUUGAUAUUCAUUAGGUUUUAAAUUCACUGGUUUAUGAAGGAAGCAAAACAUUCUGCAGUUGUUUUUUAAACAUAGCACAUUCAGCAAUCAACAAAGUACACCAAAAAUCAGUGCAGUUCAACAGUUGGAUAAGUGAUGCCAUUAGUACUAGGAGUCAAAUUAAUCAAAUGUCUAGAAAUAAAACACAGACAAUUUGAUGAUUAACAUGGUUAACAUUGAUUACUCUGAAUGCAAGAAGUCACACCAGUUUUUGC